AUGCAUUCUUUUGAAAGGGAAUCUGAGUGGUCCAGUGAGAUGGGGUCAACAGAAACGGAUGUUGAAAAUGAAAGAGUAAGGGACUCAGUAGAUGGACAAAAGUUGGUAAAAGAGCAGCCUUUAUCAGGCAGUGGAAGUAGUAGUCAAAAGACGAGUUCUGAACGUAAAAAUGCUUUAUCAUAUGCCAACAUUCUCCGCUCGAGGAACAAAUUUGUGGAUGCCAUUGCUGUCUAUGAGAGUGUGUUGGAGAGGGAUGGUGAAAACGUUGAAGCUCAUAUUGAUGAGGGUCGUCUGGUGGAGGCAGCUGAGAUGUAUCAGAAAGCUCUAACGGCUGACCCAUCAUACAAGCUAGCAGCAGAAUGCUUCGCAAUUGUCUUAACAGAUCUUGGCACCAGCCUAAAGCUUGCUGGAAACCCCCAGGAGGGAAUUCAGAAGUACUAUGAAGCUAUUAAGAUCGAUCCACACUAUGCUCCUGCUUAUUAUGACCUUGGUGUUGUGUACUCCGAAAUGAUGCAAUAUGACACGGCCCUUGAUUUUUAUGAAAAAGCCGUUGUAGAGCGACCCAUGUAUGCCGAAGCAUAUUGCAACAUGGGUGUUAUCAAUAAAAAUCGAGGGGAUUUGGAGUCAGCACUAGCCUGUUAUGAUAGGUGUCUAACUGUUUCCCCAAAUUUCGAGAUUGCAAAAAAUAACAUGGCCAUUGCCUUAACAGAUUUAGGCACGAAGGUUAAAUUGGAGGGUGACAUCAACCAGGGUGUUGCAUAUUAUAAGAAAGCUCUUUGCUAUAAUUGGCACUAUGCUGAUGCCAUGUACAACCUUGGUGUUGCUUAUGGAGAAAUGCUGAACUUUGACAUGAUGGCUUUAUCUAUAAAACCUAACUUUUCACAGUCACUGAACAAUCUUGGAGUUGUGUACACUGUCCAGGGUAAAAUGGAUGCUGCAGCAAGCAUGAUUGAGAAAGCUAUUGCUGCAAAUCCGACAUAUGCAGAGGCAUAUAAUAAUUUAGGGGUUCUUUACAGAGAUGCUGGUAACAUAUCUCUAGCAGUUGAAGCAUAUGAGCAGUGCCUCAAAAUAGAUCCAGACUCUCGGAAUGCAAGCCAGAAUCGCCUACUUGCAUUGAACUACAUAAAUGAAGGCGCAGACGAUAAAUUAUAUGAUGCUCACAGGGACUGGGGUAGGCACUUUAUGAGAUUAUUUCCGCAAUAUACUUCCUGGGAAAACAUUAAGGAUCCAGAAAGGCCUCUUGUUAUUGCAUACGUGUCUCCUGAUUAUUUUACUCAUUCUGUGUCAUAUUUCAUUGAGGCACCAAUUAUCUAUCAUGACCAUGCAAGCUACAGGGUGGUUGUCUACUCAGCAGUCGUCAAGGGACAUUUAUGGGAGAAAAAAGUGGCGAGUAUGGUUAGAGAAGAUAAAAUUGAUAUCUUGGUGGAACUCACUGGUCAUACGGCAAACAACAAGCUGGGAAUGAUGGCUUGUCGACCUGCACCUGUUCAGCUUAUAGUUGAUACAGUGAUUAAAAUAGCGCGCCAUGGCGAGGCGGGGCUUCGACGCCUCAUACCCUUGAGGCGAGGCGACCUUGUGAAAGGCGACGCCAUGGAUGAGAUUAAAACUUAUCAAUUACAACAAUUACUUACCAAACUACAAAAUUACCAUGUGCCUUUUGUUCCACCGCCGACGGCGACCAAAUUCCGGCAGCUAACCGGCAACGGCGACGGCGAGCGGUAUAUGUUCCAGUUUUUUCCUUUUCUUCUUCUUUUUCUUUUUUCCUUUCUUGCUUCACUCCUUCUUCACCAGUACGGCAAUAGUGCCUAUUGUGUGACAUGGAUUGGCUAUCCUAAUACAACUGGUUUGCCUGCCAUCGAUUACAGGCUAACGGAUGCACUAGCUGACCCGGUUGACUCGAAGCAGAAGCACGUUGAGGAGUUGGUUCGAUUACCUCACUCCUUUCUAUGCUACACUCCUUCCCCUGAAGCAGGGCCCUUUUCUCCCCCUCCUUAUCUAGCUAAUGGAUUUGUACUUUUGGUACCUUCAACAAUCUUGCUAAGGUUUUGA